UGUAACCACGGCUACACAUUGGCUGCCAAGGCUUACCCAUGAGUUAAACCUUCUUUAGUUGGUAAUGAGGAAGGCGUGGGCUCUAGCAGUGGACACCCGAAGGCAGCAGUGGGUGAAAACAAGCAAAAUAAAGAAAAGUUUGGCUGCGAGAAGGUGCUAGACAGCCAGCCAUAGUGACAAGGAGGCAGGAAGAUAGAUCACCACCACAGGAAAGCGGCGGCGGCGGCGGUGGCAGUGAUAGCGGCGCCUCGGACAUUGAGCGAGCCGAGGGAACCAAAACAAACAUGGCAUCGGCGCUGGAGCAUUUUGUGAAUAAUGUUACGUCGCUGUCUUCACAAGGCAACUAUGUAGAGGUGGUGAAGUACGUCAGCAAGAGCACAGAGGUCCUUGCAAAGAAUGUGGCGCACCUUGACACAGUUCUGGCCACACUGCAGCCACAGAGUCACUCCCUGGGCGCUGUGGCUGUGCUCUGUGUACGCCUCCAGAACACUCUGCACACUGACGCCAACAUUGACACCCUGCACGCUACUGUGGCGGAGUUUAUCAGUGUCUGUAGUGACGAGCAGAUUAAAUAUGCGCCUGAUAUGAUGGCCGACAUGUGUGGCAGCUACGCGGACCUGCUCGUGGCCGGGAACUGUGCCAUGAGGGGUAUAGAGGUGUUGAGCACGGCCAUACACAAAACACAGGAGACGCCGUUGCAUCUUACGUCCAUUCAUGCACACCUCCUCCACCUCUGUCUGGAGUCUAAGUGUUUCAAACCGGCCCUUAAGUUUAUGGAUGUUGACAUAAUGGAUAUUAGCAAAGAGAGAGGUAACUACGACGUAAAGCACUUUUUGCUCUACUACUAUUACGGCGGGAUGAUCUACACAGCCAUCAAGAACUACGAGAGGGCCCAGUACUUCUUCCGAGUCUGCAUCACCACCCCUGCCCUUGCUGUCUCCCACAUCAUGCUGGAGGCCUUCAAAAAAUAUAUCCUGGUUUCACUUAUUCUAGAGGGAAAGAUCGGCAAGAUACCGAAGUAUGCAUCGCUGGUGGUGACGCGGUUUAUUAAGCCCCUCAGCCAGGCAUACUGGGAUCUGGGCACUGCAUUCACCACAAAUUGCCCUGAUAAAGUGUGCUCUCUUAUCAGCAAGAACCAGGAGACCUUUACUGGGGAUCAAAAUAUGGGCCUGGUCAAACAAUGUCUUAGCGCUCUGUACAAGAAGAACAUUCAGCGCCUCACCCGUACCUUCCUCACCCUGUCACUGGCGGAUGUGGCAAACAGGGUGCAGCUCUCCACACCCCAGGAGGCUCAGAAGUACAUCUUGCACAUGAUAGAGGACGGAGAGAUCCACGCCAGCAUCAACCAGAGGGACGGCAUGGUGGUGUUUCUGGACAACCCUGAGAAGUACAAUUCGCCUACCAUGAUGGCUCAGCUGGACAAGGAGAUGCAGCUGUGUAUGGAGGUGGAGCGGAGACUGCAGGCGAUGGAGGAGGAGAUAGUGGUGAACCCGCAGUAUGUACAGAAGGUGGUUGGGCCGCAGGAUGACGAGGGCCCUUCACAGUCCUCCGCGCAGGCUGGGUCAUUCUCUAAUAUGUCCUCUAUGUGAUGUCCUGCAGGUCUUUAGAAACAUUGGUCUCUCUCUCUCUCUCUCUCUCUCUCUCUCUCUCUCUCUCUCUCUCUCUCUCUCUCUCUCUCUCUCUCUCUCUCUCUCUCUCUCUCUCUCUCUCUCUCUCUCUCUCUCUCUCUCUCGAUUUUGAUGUUUUGUUUUGUUUAUUUGUUUAUUUUGUUUUUUUUUUGUGGUUUAGAUUUUGUGUUCUUGUAAUCCUUAUUUUUUUUUUUUUUAUUUAUUUAUUUUAUUUAUUUUUUAUUAUUAUUUGUCUAUAUGUGUGUGUGUGUGUCUUAUUUUUUGUUAUUUCUCUUCUUCUUCUUCUUCUUCUUCUUCUUGUGUUCAUUUUUUUCUUUUUUUCUUUAUAUUUUCAAUAAUUUUUGGUUAUUUUUGCCGUAUUUAUUUAUUUAUUUUUCAUUUUAUUGCAUUUUUUUCAUAUAUUUGUAUUUAUUCCUUCCUUCCUUCCUUUAUUUAUUGACUCUCCUUCUCCACUUAAUUCUGAUGGUAUAUGUGUGUAUGUAUGAUGCUGAUAUAUACAUACAUACAGACAGACAUUUAUACAUACAUCACCACCACCACCAUCACCACCACCAGAUGUAGUUAACCACCUCCUCCUCUUCCUCCUCUUCCUUCUCCUCCUCCUCCUCCUUCUGAUAGAACAAGAAUUACUACUACUACUGCUAUUAUUAUUAUUAUUAUUAUUACUAUUAUUAUUAUUAUUAUUAUUAUUAUUAUUAUUACCACGAGUGUUAUUAAAAAUUAUGAAGCUAUGGA